AACAAGAAAUUUUUGCAAAAUUAAUUGAACUCGAUGAAUUAUUAGCAGAAGAAACAUCAAGAGUAUUUGUAAAAAUUUGUACUUUACCAGAUACGAAGCCUGAAGAUUGGGACAUAAAAAGGAUUCGAA